AAUGCAUUUCAUGGCCACUUGUAUGGUUUCUCUCGAAUAUUGGGAUUACAACUAUGUUUGCCGGUUAUUUGCCAUUAAUAGCUGCUGUCCGAUGCCCUGUUCUCCUGCGCAUGAUCGUCGAUGAUGCUACACUAAGGCUUCUCUUUUGAAAAUCGAUAUCUAUCGACCUUUCUAAUACGUUGUACAGAGAUACACGGACAAGUUGAUUUUCGCCCCAUCUCCUGGCGCGCCAGCCCUCGGGCUAUCAACUGAGUCCGAUGCCUCCAUCUACUUCUAUAUUUCACACCUCCCUCUUGGUCUUGGCAGGGACCGGGGCAAUCUACGCCAUCUGUCUUGGAGCCCUCACAAAUCCAUUUAUCCAGAGGCACGCCUUGUAUAUGCACAAGUUGCAUACAGCAUACUUUGAAGACCUCAACAAGCCCGAGCAAUGGGGAUUUGCUAACAACCAGAUUACCCCUUUCAAUUUCACAACUCCGGAUGGCGAGACUUUGUAUGCAUGGCACGUGAUUCCACCGGGGUUGUACGCCAAGCACGAAGAGGAGAUUCUUAAACAGCCAUCUGGAUUGGCGGAGGAUAUUACAAAGACGAAGGCAUUUGCUCUCCUUACGGCUGAUCCACGGGCCAGGCUUAUUAUCAGCUUCCAUGGGAACGGCGGAACCGUUGCACAAGGCUGGAGGCCAGAAAUCUACCGUACACUAUCAGAUGGUGGCACAUCAAUUUUCCAUAUCCUGGCAGUCGAUUACCGCGGAUAUGGCUAUUCAAGCGGGGUCCCCACUGAAUCAGGCCUGAUCACAGAUGGAAUCGCCACAGUCAACUGGGCGCUGAACGUUGCGAAGAUACCCCCCAGCCGUAUUGUCAUCGUUGGCCACAGCCUCGGGACGGCAGUGACAGCAGCAACGGUUGAGCAUUUCGCGGAGCAAGGCGUUAGUUUCGCGGGGGUGGUGGUGAUAGCUCCGUUUGCCAGCCUCACUACAUUGCUAACGAGAUACUCUCCGGGGGGGCUGAUACCGCUCUUCGGACCUGUGGGAUGGGUCCCUGGGUUCGAUAAAUGGUUCUUCAGCCUGCUUGUCGAUAAAUGGAACUCUGCACAGCGGGUGGCAAACAUUGCAAGCAUCAGCAAACGUCUGAAAUUGUUUAUUAUUCACGCACGAAACGAUUGGAAUAUCCCGUAUACCCAUUCAGUUUCUUGGUUUGCGGCUGCGGCCAAUGCUGCAACUCCGGGGGCCUCGGAUGUGUUUGUGGAGACGAAGGCGUCUAAUACUGUUCAUGUGGGUGAUGGUGGGUCAAUAAGCACCUGGACGGCACCCGGAAAGUUUAUCCAAGAGAUUCUUGUGCCGAAUGGAGGACAUAAUGUGGUGAUGACAUUGCCUCCGGUGGCGUUGGCGGUGUUGAAAGCGUUUGAUAUUGAUGAAGAGAAUGUGCUGUAGAAGUCGAAUUGGGGGGCUUGAGAUCGUGGUCUGGAAUAGAAUAGCUGGCUGUGCCCAAGUAAAGAACGUAUAGUAAAUACGUAUAUAUACCCUUUAUUACUACCUGCCAAAGCGAGGCAACCUUAUAACCAAACUUAACUCCUCUUCAUCUAAGCGGCACAGUGGCGCAGUGGA